GAAUAAAUUCAUAUUGCGUUCUCAGCACAAAGGUGAAAGGGUUUUUUUUUAACACCAGGUCUUUUAGAUAAAAAGAAAAAAAUAACUAUAAAGUCACGGGAAAAAAAAACCAAACAAAACCAAACAGUGCGACACUUGUCCAGCAAGUUGCGUUUUGGGGAUAUAUGAGGCAUCGUCGCCUGUGUCACCGUCCGCCGUUUAAAGGUUUCACUGCUGCCUUGUGCGUCGGCGCGCAGCGGUCUGCGGGCUGUACCGUUAGCCUUGCGGGUCUGUCAGGGCCGUCAGAUCUCCUCCCUCAUCCCCUGUCGCCCUCUCCAUUGGUCAGCUGCACAGCGCCCUGUUUCUACACCAUAUAAGCGUGGGCCUCCUCACCUUCAGAAGGGUUAAAUUUGCAACCUCGCGAUUGAGCAGAACAAGGAACUUUGCCGCACAGCAGAUCGGAAUCUCUCUCUCUCACACACACACACUCAUAUAUCCUUUAUUUCUCUCACACUGACUGACAGUAUGUCAGUGCCGGUUUUUAAUUUCAACACAGGCGACACGCGGAAAAGGGCUGCUUUGUGAAAAUGCUCUCAGGCUAUUUUCUAACACGCCGCGACGAGUUCGUGAUCCUGCUGCACCCCCGAGUUUGAGAAUUCGCCACCCCCUUCGGGUUCGCCCAUGGAGACCCUGUAAAGGCGAGGUCCGAGCUGCGAGAGGGGAGAAGACACUCGGCUUCAGGCGGGGUUCGUCCGGACUCUGUUUCCCCAGCCAGCUGCCGACAUGAAUUUGAUCGGGAGCUACCAGCACCACCACCUGAUGCGCGAACCUUUCCCGUUUGUGUCCCGGUGCCACCAGGAUAACCCUUACUUUCAGAGCUGGGUGGUCAAUCAUGGCGAGGUCACUCCAGAGCUGCACCUCCAGCCUUCAUACGGCUCGGAGUUCGUGGUCCCGGGCCCGGCGCCGGAGCAGGGUCAGCUGGAGGCGCUGGACGGGCGGAUGGGCAGAAGACGGGUCUCCGCGCCCAAGAAGGAGCGACGCCGGACGGAGAGCAUCAACAGCGCCUUUGCCGAGCUGAGAGAGUGCAUCCCGAACGUCCCCGCGGACACGAAGCUGUCCAAAAUCAAAACCCUGAGACUGGCGACCAGCUACAUCGCGUACCUGAUGGACGUGCUGGCGAAAGACGCUGGGGAAACGGAGGGGUUUAAGGCUGAAAUCAAGAAAUUCGACAACAGAGACCUGAAAAGAAAACGAGAAGCGAACGAAGGUGUUCCGGGCUCUCUGGCCGGCGAGAAGAGACUGAAAGGUCGCACAGGCUGGCCCCAGCAGGUCUGGGCUCUGGAGCUCAACCAGUGAAAGUACCUGGCGGAGCGGCCCCCCCGCAGAAAGACUCGGUAUACAGGCGCCAGAGACUUGGAAUACAACCACUUGGACUCCCGGAGCGGGCGACUUUGCGGUCAAGAGGCAGGUUUCAGCCCGCAGGGAGCAGCGGGCCCGUCUCGGGAGGCAAACCGAGCGCUCCUCUCCGGCGGACACCCCGCUCCCGGCUAACCUGAACUUCUUCUCUUGCCGAGAUGCAGGCCCAGUCACAAGGACCGCAGAUACGACUGCGCCCGCACCGUGGCCGGCGAGAACAUUUCAGGCGUGUGCACGGGUGGGUUUCGGGAGGUCUGGAUCGUGGGCCAGUCCGGGCCGCGCUCGGCUGCGGACGAGCCGCACGCUGUAUCCGUGGUAUUCGAAUGUCUCAAUCUACCUCCAGUGUGUCUCUCCGUAUUCUUGUUUCUAGUGAAAUAAAUAGAAAAAUGAAAUUCACGAUACAUCUAAA